AUGAUUUUCGAUAAAGUUUUAAAAAAUUAUUUAAUAGCUAAUUUUGAUAAUUUUGAGAUGAAAAAAAUGUGUGGUGAACACUGGGAUACUUCAACUUGGGGAUAUCAACAUGAUGAUGGACAGGGAAGUGCUUUGGGAUACAAUCAACCAAGUGUUCUAGGAAAUUAUUUCACUGGACAUCAGCAGCAAAACUAUGGAUAUCAGACAGACUAUGGCAAUCAACAUAUUUAUGGAUAUCAACAAAAUUUUGGGGAUUAUACAGGACACCGACAAUAUAUUGGACAUGGACACGAACAAUACACUGGACAUGGAAACUACAACAUGGAGCAUUUCAAAGAAAAUAUGGAAAUCCAAGGAGGUUCGGGAUAUCAUGUUGAAGAAGAUACGGAUGCAAAGGAAGAAGGGGAAUUUAGUGACUGAAAUGGUG